CGGGAGGCGGGAGGGAGCGGGGAGCUGGCCGCGAGAGGGGCGGGGCCGGGAGCGGGUACCUGUGCGCUGGGCGGGGAGGGGCCGCUGUGGGGGCUCGGGAGGGCACCGCCCGGAACUCGCGGGGCCGACGCCCUCGAGAGCGCUAGGACCCAGAAAGAACUUGGGGAGGGUGAGCUGGAUGGGCGUGGACGAGCGAGAACCUAGAGGCCUCAGCCAGCCCUCCGGAUGCUGGUGCUGCCCUCCGCAGAGGCCAUGGAGGCCCCGCCCUCUCGGACAGGCAGGUCUCCAGAACCCGGACCUUCCUCCUCCACAGGACCUCCCCAGACUUCCUCGUCUCCGAGGCCCAACCACUACCUGCUUAUUGACACCCAAGGCAUCCCAUACACCGUGCUGGUGGACCAGGAGUCUCAGAGAGAGCCUGGGGCAGAUGGGGCAUCAGCUCAGAAAAAGUGCUACAGCUGCCCUGUGUGCUCCCGGGUCUUCGAGUACAUGUCCUACCUUCAGCGACACAGCAUCACCCACUCGGAGGUGAAGCCCUUCGAGUGUGACACCUGUGGGAAGGCAUUCAAGCGGGCCAGCCACCUGGCUCGGCACCACUCCAUCCACCGGGCUGGCGGUGGGCGACCCCAUGGCUGUCCGCUCUGCCCUCGCCGCUUCCGUGAGGCCGGUGAGCUGGCCCAGCACAGCCGGGUCCACUCGGGAGAGCGCCCAUUUCAGUGCCCCCACUGCCCACGCCGAUUUAUGGAGCAGAACACGCUGCAAAAGCAUACUCGGUGGAAGCAUCCAUGAACCAGGCUGCGGGGUACCCCAGGUACCAUGGGGUUCUGGGGGGAGCCUGGACUCCUGUUGCCCUCAGACACCAGGCCAGUGCCGAAGGCUGGGUUGCAGCCCUGGACACAGACACACCUCCUGCAAAGGCCAAGCCCUGCCUGAAGGAGGAGCUCAUGAGUAGCCUUCGUGUCUUGGAGAUAAGAUGGAGACAAGACGUUAACAUUCACAGAGUGGAGCCCCUCCAGCUUUCGGCUGAGCCCUGACUGGAGGUGUGGGGGAGAGUGCUAUGGGUGGAAAUUCUCCAGCCUGAAAAAUGGGGUUGGGAGCCAUCAAGAAUCUGCACCAGCUUCCCGAGGCCUCCAUGUUGAUGCUGGGGGACGGGGCCCCUGACCUGCCUCCCAGCCCCCAGCCAGGGCCUGAGACUGGACGCCCAAUAAACACCUUUCCCAUUUUGAGCACUUGAGAUUUGUUUUUGGGGACAGCGGCUUGGCCAGCCUGCUGCCCAACAGGGAGAUUCAGCAAGUGCCUGGCCCACCUCUUUUUGGGCAGAAGAACAAAUCAGCCAUUUCUUCUCCCCAGAGAGGGAAAGAGCUUCCCACUGUCUGACCUCAAAUAACAGGAACAGCGCCCUGAUCUUGAGCUUAGACUAUGGCCAGGUGUUGUGCUGAGCGCCUUGCAUGGGUCAUACCAGUGCAAAAUGCUUGGCUUGCCUGGCAUGGGAUGGGAAGGUUGGCCUUCCGCACUGGGGUCAAUCUUAGUGUGGCUCCUCACAAGGUGCAUCAUCUAGGCAGAGUGUUUUUAAACCCACCCCCGCCCCCCCUUUUUAAAGAUAGGAUCUAUUGUACGAUACAUUUUAUUAGGCAACCCAGUAUACGUUACACAAAAUAUAUGUGAAACAAAACUUUAACAAUACUGAAUCUCUGCCACGUGCAGUCCCCUUUUUCUUCCUCCUGCCAAUUCUGUUCUAUUAUAUUGAAUUCCCUGCCCAUGAACCUGUAGUUUGCAAAACACCGAUCUAGGGCAGGUACCUCCCCCUGGACGUUUUUGACCCAGCCUGCAGUUUGUCUGUAAUGUGAAGCAGGUAGGAGAGGAGGGUGGCCACAGCUUUCUAAGUGGUGCAGACAUUUAAAUUCUCCUUCUGCAAGGUUAAAGCCCUACUCUUGUAGGGCUGGCAAAAAUCCCACUAGCAACUGGUGACUGAGAGGAGAGGCAGGGAGCUGAGCCGAAAGCUGAAUAAACAUCUGCCUUCUUAAUGAAUUUUCCUUGCGCGUUUGUUUUGUGCCAGGCACUGUGCUGGGCCCCAUUUCUUCUUCCGACCUCUUUUUGGGUGGAAGAACAAAUUAGCCAUCUCCACUCCCCAGAGAGGGAAAGAGCCUCCCACUGUCUGACCUCAAAUACCACUGCCAGCGCCCUGAUCUUGAGCCUAGACUCUGGCCAGACGCUGGGCUGAGCGUUUUGCCUGCACCAUAUCAGUACAUCCUCACAAGGAACCUAAAAGGGACCAUA